CAAUUACUCCUUUCCUUCGACGUUCACAUUUUCACACUUGUUUCGGCCAUCGUUCUCCUCAUCCAGCGCAACCUGGCCCCUCCCGCCCCUACAAACCGGUGACGUUUCACGCUCGCUAUACGUAAUACCUCGAUCCCUAAACCGUCCCAACCAAGCUUGACCAGGCUUCCACGUUACCUCUCAAGCCGUAUCUCCGACCUCUGACGCGCGCCUACGACUGAAAUCCUCUUCGAUUCCAGAGACCGACGACAAUGGCGCAAUACGGAUAUGGGCAGAACCCACAAUACGGCAACGGAAACGCGCAAAACCUCCAGUUCUACUCCUCUUCGUUCUCGAACCAGCCAGUGUCCGGACACUCUACGCCCUUUCAAGCAGGGUAUGGCGCACCACAGACUCAGGCGUAUCCGGCACAGUAUGGUGCGGGGUUUGCAGCACCAGGGGUGAGCGGGCAGAUGGGCAUGGGCGCGUCAGGGCUGAGGACAGGAUGGUUCGCGGCGUUUGGCACUGAAGGGUAUGACGGAGAACCGCCGCUGUUGGAAGAGUUGGGUGUGAACUUUGGACAUAUCAAGAUGAAGACACUUGCUGUCUUGAACCCGUUCGGCAGGAUCGACCAACACAUCAUGGACGAUAGCGACGUAGCGGGUCCGAUCCUCUUCUUCCUGAUAUUCGGCACCGCAUUGCUCUUGUCCGGGAAACUCCACUUUGGCUACAUCUAUGGACUGGCUUUGCUAGGCACGAUUCUGCUUCACAGUAUCCUCUCGCUCAUGUCGCCACCUGUAAACCCAGCCGAAGUUGCAGCAGGACACGAUCAUGGUCAUCCGCAAGGCUCCCAUUUUGGAUCUUCCCUGACAUUUCCUCGGUCGGCCUCAGUCUUAGGUUACUGCCUUCUUCCUCUCGUGCUUGUUUCGAUAUUCGGAAUUAUACUCCCCCUGGAUGGACUGUUUGGGUAUUUCCUCACGAGUUUGGCCAUCAUGUGGUGCGCGCACUCGUCCAGCUCGAUGUUCACCGCUGUUGGGCGAAUGUCGUCUAUGAGGGGCUUGGUCGCGUACCCUAUGGUUCUGUUCUACGGCAGCUUUGGCAUCAUGGCUAUCUUCAGCUCGAGGGGAACUGGCCAGCUGGCCAAGGCGACAGGUUCAUAA